UCUUGUUAGGUAACUGAAUUUGCAUUUGGUGAUCAAAUUUACACCAUUGAAACAAACCAAUACCAAGUUUUGGAGGGGGGCAAUAUAUUUGAGAGGAGGUUGAACAUGCCCUCUGUUCUUAUUUUCACAGUGCCUCCUCUCAGAUCUUAAUUUCCUUCAAGGAUUUCUGAAUUGCGCGUCCGGUAUUUGAUCGGUGAAGGAUCGGAUAUCACUAAAUUGAAUCCAGUGUGUUUGUUUGAAACAUUCUCGCAAAAGGAAAAAUGCAGUCCGAUAGUGGGAAGUUAUUCAUUGGCGGCAUAUCUUGGGACACAAAUGAAGAGCGUCUGAAAGAGUAUUUUAGUGCUUUUGGGGAGGUGGUAGAAGCAGUGAUCAUGAAGGAUCGGACCACAGGAAGAGCUCGUGGAUUUGGUUUUGUAGUUUUUGCUGACCCAGCCGUUGCAGACACUGUCAUAAUGGAAAAGCACAACAUUGAUGGAAGAAUGGUGGAGGCGAAAAAGGCUGUUCCCAGGGAUGACCAGAACACUUUGAGUAGAACCAGUGGCAGCAUCCAUGGUUCACCAGGUCCAGGACGCACAAGAAAAAUAUUUGUUGGAGGUUUAGCAUCUACUGUUACAGAAGGUGACUUCAAGAAGUAUUUUGAACAGUUUGGGACAAUUACAGAUGUUGUGGUAAUGUAUGAUCACAACACCCAGAGGCCAAGAGGCUUUGGAUUUAUCACUUAUGAUUCAGAGGAAGCAGUGGACAAGGUUUUGCUUAAGACAUUUCAUGAACUGAAUGGGAAGAUGGUUGAGGUCAAGCGUGCUGUUCCAAAAGAGUUAUCACCUGGUCCCAGUCGCAGUCCUCUUGGUGGAUACAAUUACGGUCUCAGUAGGGUCAAUAGCUUCCUCACUGGCUAUACUCAGGGGUAUAAUCCAAGUACUGUUGGAGGUUAUGGACUUGGUAGGUUCAGUCCAGUUGCUGGUGGUCGAAGUGGAUUUCCUCCGUUUGGUUCUGGUUAUGGAAUGGGAAUGAACUUUGAGCCAGGAUUGAGCCCAAAUUAUGGAGGAAAUGCAAAUUUUAAUAAUAAUGCGAGCUAUGGACGGGGAUUGAGCCCUUACUAUAUCAAUAAUUCAAAUAGGUUUAGCAAUCCCGUUGGAUAUGAUGGUGGUAAUGGAGGAAGCUCAUCAUUUUUCAGCUCAGUGACUCGGAAUUUGUGGGGGAAUGGGGGUCUUAAUACAAAUUCUGCAAAUUCCAGUGCUUACAUGGGAGCAGGAAGUGGUAGCAUUGGAGGAAAUACAUUUGGCAAUGCUGGAGUCAAUUGGCGUUCUUCGGCAAUUUCACCUCAAGGUGGGGGAAAUAAUGUCUCUAACAAUAGUGGGACACUUGGCUAUGGAGCUGGUGACAACAGUUAUGGCUUGGGAACCGGAGCGUAUGGAAGAAACAGUGGUGCAACUGUGGGCCCUACAUCUUCUCUUGCUGCAUCAAAUGGUGGUUAUGAGGGGGCCUUCGCUGACUUCUACAAUGGUGGUUCAGUGUAUGGAGAUCCUACUUGGAGAUCAUCAAAUUCUGAGCGAGAUGGGUCUGGCCCCUUUGGGUAUGGGCUUGGCAGUGCAGCUUCUGAUGUUUCAGCUAAAAGUUCUCCUGGUUUCGUUGGUGGUUAUAGUGUUAAUAAGAGACAGCCGAAUACAGGAAUUGCUGCCUAGGAUCAUUUUCAAAAUCACGUCAUAGUAGGUGAAGAUAAUCUGGUGAAGCAGGUGAAUUGUGAAUUUUGCAAACCAACCUCAUUCAUAUAUCUCAGUAAAGGAAAUUUGGUUAGUAAGAGCUAACUGGGAGUGCCUGUUUUGAAGGAUUAAAGUUAGAGAUAGAAGUUAAAAUGGAUUUUGUGUUGAUGCUUUUGUUUUGAGUCACCCUUCUAGGCUUUUUUGUUUUAAUCUUUGAGUGAGAUGUAAAAUCAGAUUGCGGGAUAUAGUCAGAAGUGUAUCAUGCAUCUCCGGUGAGGCGGCGAUACCCAAAAAGAACAAAAAAACAAAAAACAAAAACUCAAAAAGAGAUAGACUGAUAUAUAUUUUCUUUUUUCUACUUUAGAAUUUCAUCUGUAACAUCUCUGGCAAAGUCAUGGGUUCUGGUCAGGGAAUGGUUUUUUUUUUCCUUAUUCUUUUAUCCCAUCAUUUGGUUUGUUUUUCUUUUAUUUUUGUACCGGAGAUUACUGUUUAUUACUAGUGUGAACAUUGAAGGGUUACCCAUCUAGGGACCCCAUGAAUAAGUUUUCGCAUAUUCCGAUUUUU